ACCUAAUUUUACAUAUUUUCUUUCUUAUAUCUCUUUGUCAAACUUAAAUAAUCAAUUCCAUCAACAACAAGUCACAUUUGCCUCUUAUUCAAUUUCAUCCACCACACCUCCAAGAAAAAAAAGAUGUUUUUGCCUUAUAUUUUCUUGAUUCUUUUGGCACAUCCCUUUUGUGUCAGACCUGCAGACACAACCCCAUCAAAUGGCACCAAAAACAUAUUCAUUUUAGCAGGACAAAGCAACAUGUCUGGCAGAGGAGGUGUAGUAAACAACAUUUUUGAUUGGUAUAUUCCACCUGAAUGUCAGUCCAAUUCAUCAAUUCUAAGACUAACAAAAGGACUUUCAUGGGAAGAAGCUAAAGAACCAAUUCAUCAAGACAUUGAUUUCUAUGCAAUUUGUGGGAUUGGUCCUGGCAUGCCAUUUGCUAAUUUUGUUCUGAAAAAUGAUCCAAACAUUGGUGUGAUUAGUUUGGUGCCAUGUGCUGUUGGUUCCACAAAUAUUAGCCUAUGGUCUCAAGGUUCAUUAUAUUAUAAUCAGAUGAUUAAUAGGACUCGGAUCGCUUUACAAGGUCGUGGGACGCUACGAGCCCUUCUUUGGUAUCAAGGAGAGAGCGACACUCUGAAUCUUGAGGAUGCCCAAUUGUAUAAAUCAAGAUUGGAGAAAUUCUUCACUGAUGCGCGGAAUGACUUGAAUGCAUCUUCUCUACCUAUUGUUCAGGUGGCAUUGACAACAACAUUAGGGCCUUAUAUGGAGGAAAUAAGACAAGCCCAGUUAGGAAUUCAACUUUAUAAUGUCAAAACAAUUGAUGCUAAUGGGCUCAAAGUGGGCCCAGAUUAUGUGCAUCUCAGUACUCAAGCAGAGGUCCAGCUUGGACAGAUGUUGGCCCAUGCAUUUUUGGAGUUUGGUUCAGAUCACAACCCAUAAUUCUUUGGAGGGAUAAUUUCACCUCCACAAAAGGAAUAGAAAUCAUUAUAACCUUUUUUUUUAUUAUAAUUUUAUUCAGAAGAUUAGAUUCUGAAUGUAAUUUAGACCAGUUGAUAUAUAUGUUGGGAAAUUUAUUCUAGUAUGUGAUAAAU